AUGGUAAACAAAAUGGUUUUAGAGGUGGGAAGCAUGAUGGUGGCAAGGAGGGCAUUAUCCAAUGAAGCGGUGAAGGCACUAGCUGUUGAAGAUGAUUUGUGGUUAAUUGGUGUUGCUUUCGUGUUGGUGCUAGCACUUUCAGAACCGAGUCUUUUCAUAUGUGGUGUUAAUCAAGUGAAUAAUGCAGGCACCACUAUAAUCAAGCCUUCCGAGGAACAAACUCUGGAAGACUACACAACUGUAAUGAGUACCAACGUCGAGGCUCCUUAUCAUCUCUGUCAACUUGCACAUCCUUUCCUAAAAGCAUCAGGAAAUGGAAGCAUUGUGUUCAUCUCCUCCGUAGCUGGUUCAAUGGCUCUACCUCGAUUAUCGGCUUAUUCGGCAUCUAAAACUGCAAUUAACCAAAUUACUAGGAGCUUGGAGGCAGAUGCUGCAUACGUUGUGGAGUUUCUUAGGCUAAUAGGCGGAACGGCAAUGCCGAGGAUAGUGGAACCAGAAGAGAUUUCGUCGAUGGUGGCAUUCCUUUGCCUUCCAGCUGCCUCAUACAUCACUGGACAGGUUAUUUGUGUCGAUGGAGGGUAUACAGCAGGUGGCUGUUGGCCAUUUCAAAACUUGAGCUUUAAUUUAUUCAAUCCUGGAAAUCUAUAUCAUCAAGCUACUAGCAUGUAUUAG